CCGCCCCGGGGCCGCCUCCUCGCGGGUUCCGUUGGCUGUGGCGGCGGCUGAGGCUGUGGCGGCGGUAGCCGCGGGGCGGGCGUAAGAUGGCGACAGCGGCGGCGGGAGCCCUGGGCCUGCUGUGGGGCUGGCUGUGGAGCGAACGCUUCUGGCUGCCUCAGAACGUGAGCUGGGCCGACCUUGAGGGGCCGGGCGACGGCUACGGCUACCCCCGGGCGCAGCACAUCCUCUCGGUGUUCCCGGUGGCGGCGGGCAUAUUCUCCGUGCGGCUGCUCUUCGAGCGGUUUAUUGCCAAACCCUGUGCACUCCAUGUUGGCAUCCAGGACAGUGGUCCCUAUCAGGCCCAACCCAAUGCCAUCCUUGAAAAGGUGUUCGUAUCUAUUACCAAGUAUCCUGAUGAGAAGAGGCUGGAGGGCCUGUCAAAGCAACUGGACUGGGAUGUCCGAAAGAUCCAAUGCUGGUUUCGUCAUCGGAGGAAUCAAGACAAGCCUCCAACGCUCACUAAAUUCUGUGAAAGCAUGUGGAGAUUCACUUUCUAUUUAUGUAUAUUCUGCUACGGAAUUAAAUUUCUGUGGUCGUCACCGUGGUUCUGGGACAUCCGACAGUGCUGGCGUAGCUAUCCAUAUCAGCCUCUCACAAGUGGGCUUUAUUACUAUUAUAUCAUGGAAUUGGCCUUCUAUUGGUCUCUUAUGUUUUCUCAGUUUACAGACAUUAAACGAAAGGACUUCCUGAUCAUGUUUGUGCAUCACUUGGCCACCAUUGGGCUUAUCACCUUCUCCUACAUCAACAACAUGGUUCGGGUGGGAACUCUGGUCAUGUGUUUACAUGAUGCCUCAGACUUCUUGCUGGAGGCAGCCAAACUGGCCAAUUAUGCCAAAUACCAGCGUCUCUGUGACACCCUUUUUGUGAUCUUCAGUGCAGUUUUUGUGGUCACUCGUCUAGGAAUCUACCCAUUCUGGAUUCUGAACACGACCUUCUUUGAGAGUUGGGAGAUGAUCGGGCCUUAUCCCUCCUGGUGGCUCUUCAAUGGCCUUCUCCUGAUCCUGCAGGUUCUACAUGUCAUCUGGUCCUACCUAAUUGUGCGAAUUGCUUUCAAAGCUUUGAUCCGAGGAAAGGUGACCUAUCCAGGAAGGAUUAGACCCAGAUUCUGUACCCUCCACUCUUUUCUCACCUCCUUCCUUUUUUCUAUGCCUGGUGGGAGUUGGACAGUUUCAUCUCUUGCAUGUGUCUAAGGAUGACCGCAGUGAUGUGGAAAGCAGCUCAGAGGAGGAAGACGUGGCCACCAACCCCAAGAGCGCCUGCGGCAGUGGCCCCAGCAAUGGCGCCAACCGGGUGAACGGUCACCCGGGGAGAAGCUACUGGGCUGAGGAGUGAGGCGGUCGGCGCGGGGCCACGGCACACAUGGACUUACAGGGCCCCUGGCCGCCUCCUCCUCUUGGGCCGCCCCGCAUCCACACGCUUGUGACUGGGGGUCUGCAGGGCACUGAGGAGAAUCAAAAAAGCAAAUAUUUUCACUUUUUUUAAAAAAAACUCUGCCAUUUUGUAUUUAAUAGCCUCCAGGUUCUUUCAGUAAUGUUAUUUGCUUCUGUGUGUGUGUGUGUGUGUGCGCGCGCGUGUGCAUAUGCGUUUGUGCAUGUGCAUGGGUUUCGUUUCCUGAGUUGGGGCACAAUUCUAGACUGGGGCCCCUAGGCCUUGUGUCCCUUUUGAACCCACCUCAACCCCAGAUUUGGCUGCGCCUUGAAUAAUGCUGGCUCUGGACUGUCCCCUCCCUCGUGGUCCAUGGCUCCCGAAGCUCAGGCCAUCCGAAUAGAACAGUAAAGUUCAGCUCCAGGUUUCUGCACUGUUCCUCCUCGGAGCUGGAAUAUUUCACAUGAAGUUGUACAGAAACAGACAACCAUGGAUGGGAUGACCAAGAUUUCUGUGGCCCCUAGCUAGAUUCCCUUCCUGCCACCUGGUGAUUACAGGGACAGCUGCUGAUUCCCUGCUCUUUACUAAAUGGUACACAGGGAGUUGGGGGGGGUGGCAGAGGGUGCGCUGAGGGCCAGAGGAGGACAACAGCCACUGGGUGAACCGUUGACGGUUUAUACUAUUGUUUACUCUUCUGUGAUUAAAAGUGCUUCCACCCUUCUCUGCCA